GAGAGUUCUUACUCAGAUGUCUUUGUGAAGAUAGGCUAAUUGAAUGAUGACAGUGACUUGUGGGUCUGGCUGGUAUGACUGUCAGCACACCACCCAGCAUGUCAGCAUGACAUUUUGCCAGACGAUUGGCACACAACAUGUGCAAUGAGACCUUCGUUCCCAACUCUACAUCCUAAUUCUAACCAGCGUUACCCUGGAACAGGUAGGAUGAUGGACGGCAAAAGACACAGUUAUCACUUUUGGCUCCUGCUUGGCCUCACUGUCACGUUCCUGGGAGUCCUUGCGGUAUCCUUUCUCCGCAUGAACAACAGUGCCGACUUUUGGAUUCCAUGGCUAAGGGUAUCACAUAUAUCAUGCGAUUCAGGAGCUCUUGGUCCCUAUUUAGAGACAUUUUCGUAUCAUCGAUCUGAAUCAGAGGUGGCGUCUCCGGAUCCCUUCUCUGCCAAAUGGAUGGACAGCAGUAGUACUGGGUUCGUUCAGAUACACGAGGCCGGUGGGAAGACAAAGCACUACGGGGUGUCGAUGUUUCAUCAACUGCACUGUCUAGAAAGCCUGAAGAUGGCCCUUAAGCACGAGUCGCACCAUACAAGGUACUGGGAGAGAAGAGGGGAGGGCGAGGGCGAGGGCGAGGAUCAUUUAGAGCAUUGCCUUCAGUAUCUCGAGCAGGCGAUUAUGUGCGCAGCAGAUGACACCAUCGAGCCAUCCUUUGUCGCUGAGUUACCCACGGGUGAAAAGGCUCGAAUUAUCAAUGGCGACGGCGUUGUGCAUCGGUGUAGAAAUUUUGACGAGGUCCAACAAGCUAUGAUACUCAGCGAAAAAAAUCCGUUAGUUUUGCAGAGACGAUUAGGGGAAGGAGAUACCUUGCGUAUGAUUAUGGAUUCGGUGCGUUGACCUCCAGCUGGGAGGAACACAUGCGACGGCAUUAACCACGCCCUAUGUAUCUCAGUAUACGAACAUAUAGAUGAGGGCUGUGUUUGAUGAGCAUGGAUUUCACAUACAUAAGUAGAAUAUCACCCACCGCUUGGACAAUACAUCUACUGU